CGACGAUUAAGCCCUCUCUCUCCAUUCAGGAUUUUUUUUUUCCCUUUCUUUCCGUAAACUUUCUCCGGAAACCCAUUACCCCUUAUCUCACAUCUGGAUUUCAGUUUCUCUCGGAAGACUUUCCCUCUCAUCUACUCUCUCGCUUCCUCUCUCGGGCUCUCUGAUUUUUCUAGUGGAAUUGAUGCGGAAAUUCUUGUAGAUUUCUGGUGCGAGUUGUUGAUUCAUACAACGUAAGCAUCAUUUAUUUCUUCCAUUUUCAUUUUCCUCUCUGCUUUUCAGCUUUUGGUUUCCGCACUUCACUCUCUUUUCUCCUCAUUCUUCUCAACUGCUUUUUCUUUCGAUCUCAGAAUAUUUUCCACUCUUUUCAGACUCUCUUCCUCUCUUGCGCAUUUCGUUGUGCCCUUUGUGUUUUGCUACAAAUUUUUUUUGAAGUUUUCAGGUUGGGUUUUGUCUCCCUCUCCACAAGCCGGUUCCACCGUUAAUGUGAUUUGAGCAGUGCGUUUUCCAUUCUCAGAGCCUUGUGGGUCGGUCUAUUUCUCUUGCAAUGCCUUGCCUACUUUCCCUUCGCAUUUCCUAGCGUCACUUGGUAUAAAUUUUCUUGAUAGUUUGCCUAGUCACUUAGUUUCUUGUGUUCGUUGUAUUUGCUGGAUUUUUGUUUGGGAAAUAAUUAGUAUCGUAUCAGGUUGGGUGUUGGUUUCAUAUAUCAGGAACCUGGACUUUGUGGAGUUAGGAAUAGAGGAAAGUAUGAUAUGUAUUGCUUAUUUGGUUGAGCUGGUGGUUGUUAUGAGUCGCGGGCUGCUGUGUUGGUGUUGAUAUUUAGAUUAAUUGAGUUUGACGUUGGUUGGUGAGUGUAUAGGUCAGUAUUGAAAUUGGAAUAUGUGAAGUGUGGGCUGUCCAGGUUUUGUAUAUGGUUGCUUGAGUUGCGUUAAUGUGAUGAAAUUUGGUUUGGAAUUAUGGGUUUUAGUUAUUUAGAUCGAAGUUGUGUUGCUGGUCAUUAACACUUAGUGUAUUUUCUUUUAUUUAAUUAUGAAUAGGUGACGAGUCUAUAAGUCGUCGAAUUCAAGGCAUAGAUAAUACGCUGCAAAAGUCAUGUAAGCAGGGUUCCUAUACUAGGUUUUACACAAAUUAUUGAGACUGAGGUUGACUUUUCUAAAAAUUUUGCAUGCUUUGUUAUAAAUUGAAAACUUGGAAAAAACAACAUUGGUCGUUUAUUUGCAUUACUCAUGAAAUUUGUAUGAAAAAGGAAAAAUGUUUUUAUGACAUGCAUUGUGUGGACAUGAGCUAUAUUUUGUCAUGCUGUCUCUAAAAUGUGAAAAAGAGCGAUAUUGGAAAUCUGGAAAACUGUGCAUUGAUUUAGAAAGAUGCUUCGACUUUUGUUUUCAGAAUGUGAGAAUGAUCUGAAUAUGCUUUGGUACUUUGUUUUCUUUUGAUAUGGCAUAUGAAAAAAAAAAAAAAAAAAAAAAACCUUUGGCAUGGUGUACUGAUUUUGUAUCUGGAUCUGUCUCUGCUCUGCUCUGCUCUGUUUGGGUUAGUACCAACUUCUUUGUCUCUGGAGUGCACCCAUUUUGGAAACAAAGUGGUUUUAUGUGGUCUUUCCUGUGUGCACACUCGGGGCUCCCAGAAUAAUAAGGGAAACAUUUCACCUCUGUCUUUGCCCGGUUUGGCUGCUGGGGUUUAGUAUAACUCUACCAUGGGGGUUAAACAUGGUCUCUUCUUUGUGAGAUGCUCUAUUUUGAUGUGAUGAUGAUGCUCAUAUUAUGUUAUGCCAAAGUACAUCAAGUUUUAUGUCUUAAAACUAUCGCUCUGUUACGUUUGAAAACAUCUUUUAUUUUGAUUAAUAACUCUGAAAAAUAUUUAUCACUGCAUGUGGUACUCUGUAAAUGCACAUGUUUUGCACGCUAGUAUAUAUUUCCUGCUUACUGAAUUGUUGAUAACUCAUCCCUUAUCUCCUAAUUUCAGAUGAUAUUGAUUUUUAAUACUAUCGUUUACUUAUCAAAAAAAAAUUUCAGAUAAUAUUGAUGACUAAGUUGGGGGUCAGGAAUAGAAUUUAGAGCUUUGCUAGUUAUGGAAUAGGUGGUCAAGUACUUUUGAUUACCAAUGUCAUUAGAAGGGUUUGAAAUGAGUAUUUGGAGUCUUUAUUGUUAUUUGGAUAUUUGAGACUUAUUAAAUUAUUAGUUUAUUAUGUUAAGGUUAUUGGAAGAUUGUGGAGACAAGGAUUUAUGUUAAUUGUUUCUUAUGCUUUGAUGUCUUUUUGAUAUGAAGUUGAUAAAGAUGAAUGUAUAAUUGUUUUGAAAACUUUGAAGAUUUUAAUUGUAUUCGAAGAUCCAAUUAUAAGUGGCAGGUAGUAAUUCUCCUACCCUCUCGUGUACGGGGCGUUACAGGUCAAGUCAUCAAAACACAAUGAAUAUUAAUAAUCAUAAUCCUAAGAACACGAUGAAUAUAAAGAAACAUGUUCUUUUCCUUGUCUUGAAUUAGUUAGAUGAUCUUUUCAAUCUUCAGUCUUCGGUUCUUGUUUUUAACAUUCAACAUUCAACAUUCAACAACGUGAGUUUUGGGCACUUGGAAUGUUGAAUGAACUCAAUACUAAUAAUCAUAUUCUUAAGAACACAAUGAAUAUAAAGAAACCUCUACUUCUCUUUGCCUUGAAUUAGUUAGAUGAUGUUUCCAAUCUUCAGUCUUCACUUCAUAUUCAACAACGUGAGUUUUGGGCGCUAUAUAUAUAUGAAUAUUGAACGAACGCAGAAGCAGCCCAAGUUUCUGGUUCGGGAACUUUAACCACGAUUGCGCAUAUAUUUCAACUUAAAAGACUAAAGAGAGAAACGACGAAUAUGUGCUGUUCAAGACCCCCGGCUAGCGCAAGAUAUCUACGAGUGCUCCGAUGAAUAUUUCCAAUCUUCAAGACUAACUUAGAUGAUGUUUCCAAUCUUCAGUCUUCACUUCAUAUUCAAAAGUCUUCACUUCAUAUUCAACAACGUGAGUUUUGGGCGCUAUAUAUAUAUGAAUAUUGAACGAACGCAGAAGCAGCCCAAGUUUCUGGUUCGGGAACUUUAACCACGAUUGCGCAUAUAUUUCAACUUAAAAGACUACAGAGAGAAACGACGAAGAUGUGCUGUUCAAGACCACUUUUCUUCACCUGCCUAAUUCUGAUCUUGCAUCUGUUUGCUCCCACGUUAGCGCAAACGUUAGCGCAAGAUAUCCACGAGUGCUCCGAUGAGGGUAACUACACCAGUAACAGUACAUACAGAGCAAAUCUCCACACCAUCCUGGCGUCUAUGUCAUCCGAUACCAAAAUCAGCUACGGGUUUUAUAAUUUUUCCGUCGGAGAAAGUUCCGACAAAGUAAACGCGAUUGCACUUUGUAGAGGAGACAUUGGGACAGACGAAUGCCGUAGUUGUGUAAAUGCGUCGAGUCAGGAUUUGUUGCAGUAUUGUCCCAACCAGAAGGAGGCGAUCAUAUGGGACCCGAAAUGUAUGGUGCGAUACUCAAACAAUUCUAUAUUUGGUGUUUUGAAAGUCCGCGCUCUAUAUACCUUCGAGAACUACCGAAACGCCUCAGAUGUAGAUGCUUACAAACGGGUUCUAGGGCCUUUGUUACAGAGGCUAACAAACCUCGCCGCAGCAGGAAAUUCUACUCGAAAAUUUGCUGUGGGAAGCGAGGCUGCCCAAGAUUUCCAAAGAAUAUAUGCACUUCUUAUGUGCACCCCUGAUUUGGAUGAAGUCCAGUGCAAGAGCUGCCUGGAGCAGACUAAGUCAAAGGUAUUUGAACCAUGCUGUUAUGAAAAGCAGGGAGGGAGAUAUAUGUCACCCAGCUGUGAGUUAAGGUAUGAGUCUUACACUUUCUAUGACCCAAAAGCUGAGGCACCGCCGCCGUCGCUACUGCCGCCGUCAUCCCCUCCAACGGAAGGAAAGGAAAGUAAACCAUCUCGAACUACGAUAAUCAUAGUUGUAUCGACUAUUGGUUUUGCUUUGCAAAUCGUUUGCAUCUUCGUUUUCUAUUUUCGACCAAGGAAGUCAGGGCAGAAAGUGAAAAGUACUGAAGCCAAGCAUGAAAUUAGUAGUGUUGAAUCAUUUAUUAGAUAUGACUUUGGCACAAUCAGAGUUGCUACAGAGAACUUUUCCGAGGUAAAUAAGCUUGGAGAAGGUGGAUUCGGUGCUGUUUACAAGGGUAAGCUUCAAAAUGGACUAGAAAUAGCUGUGAAAAGGCUAUCUAUGGGUUCUAGACAAGGAAAUAUAGAGUUUGAGAAUGAGGUUCUAUUGCUAGCAAGGCUUCAACAUCGAAAUCUGGUGAGAAUCAAAGGAUUUUGUUUGGAAGGAAAUGAAAGGCUUCUUAUCUAUGAGUUUGUGCCUAAUGCAAGCCUCGAUCACUUCUUAUUCGACCCAAUCAGACAAGUACAACUGAAUUGGGAAAAACGGCACCAGGUUAUAGAGGGUAUUGCUCGAGGGCUUCUUUAUCUUCAUGAAGAUUCCCGACUCCGUAUUAUUCAUCGCGAUCUCAAAGCUAGCAACAUCUUGUUAGAUGCAUAUAUGAAUCCUAAAAUUUCAGAUUUUGGCACUGCAAGGUUGUUAGAUCGAACUGAAGGCAAUACAGUCAGAAUUAUUGGGACUUAUGGAUAUAUGCCUCCAGAGUAUGCUCAAUGUGGAGCCUUUUCAAUGAAGUCAGAUGUCUUCAGUUUUGGCGUGCUAAUUUUGGAGAUAGCGAGUGGGCGUAAAAACAAUUCUUUUCCUGAAGGCCUUCUAAGCUAUGCUUGGGAAAACUGGAGGCAGGGAACACCUUUAAAUAUUGUAGAUCCCACAUUGAUGGUAAAUUCAACAAUUCAAAUACUGAGAUGCAUCCACAUUGGACUAUUAUGUGUUCAAGAAAACGUAAAUGAUAGACCGACAACUGCUUCAGUCGUUCUCAUGCUUGGUAGCGAAUCCAUUACUCUAGCAGUACCCAAGAGACCUCCAUUUCUUAUGUACAUGAGUAGCACUGGACCAGACAUGUUGUCCCGAGGGUCAUAUCAAUCUAGAAACAACAAUGUCCAAGCCUUAGUAAAUGAUGCUUCAAUUACUGAGGUAUAUCCUCGCUAGUGUUCGCUGUCAUUACCCUAGUUUUGAUUGUCCUAUAUGUUGGUGUUGUUUAUGGUACUCUAUUAUUCCAGUGAAACUCUGUAACUCUCAAUUGUUUUAAUUGAUCAUGUUUUCCCACAACCCUUAAUUUUUA